AGGCGCUGGUCCCAGCCUUCGGCCAGGUCUCCUGCGCGCCGUGUUGUUAGCAAGUGCACAUUUUGCUGAGAGACAGGGCAGUUGGAAGACUUUCUGUCUGCAAACAGAGGGGACUGAGAGGAAAAGCUGACCACAGAAAGGGCUGCUGCCCAGACCGGCUCUGACGCGAAGGCCCUGGGCCUCCAUUUUUAUUUGCCGCCAGAACAGGGACGGAAACCCGGCGAGGGCCCGGCCUCGGCCGAGGGAGCUGCGCUCAGCCAGGGGAGAGGCGCAGCGUGAGACCCGGCACGGCUGGACGGAGGGCGCGAGGGAGACGCCGGGAUCCUCGGACUCGGUUAUAAAAUAUUUAAGGGCGAACAAAGGAUCGGCGGGAGCCCGGGCCCGAGAUGAGUCUGGAGUCGUUGUUUCAGCACAUCAUCUUCUCCGAGCAUCGGGCCGAGGAGGGUCGCCGCCUGAUGCGCGGAGUGAGGUCGGAAAUUAACAGAUGUCGUGAAAGAAUUAAGAAAGCAACAGAGGAGCUGAACGAAGAGAACGUCAAGUUGGAAUCUAAGGUUCAGGAGUUUUCUGAAAAAUCCUUCUUCUUACAGCUUUUGAAAACUCAUGAAAAUGCCUUAGAAAGACAGUGCAGUGAAAUUACAAACCAAAGGAUUAUGCUUCUCCAAACAUUUGAGGCUACAAAGAAAAAAAUAACAGAGGAGAAGGAAAAAUUUAUUAGGGAAAUUACAGACUUCAAUAAUGAGUAUGAAAUAACAAAGAAAAGAGAGCUUUUGAUGAAAGAAAAUGUCAAGAUUGAAAUAUCUGACUUAGAAAACCAGGCAGACAUUUUAAAAAGGGAAAUGAAGUCAAUGGAACAAGAUAGUGUCCAGUUAAAUGAACUUCAAAAACAAAAGAGUGAAUUAAUACAAGAAUUAUUUACUCUGCAGAGGAAACUUAAAGUUUUUGAAGAUAAAAGGAAUGAAGCCAUUUGUACUACCAAAUACCUAGAGGCAGAAAAAGUAAAAAUCAAGGAAAAGCCUCAAAAUGAUGCUGAAAGCCUAAGACUUAAAAGAGAAUUAGAACUUUAUAAGGAAGAUGACAUGCAAAGUGUUUAUGAAGCUCUCCAAACAGAAAUAGAAUUUUUGGAGUUGACAUUGGCACAGAAAGAUCUUCAGGAGAACAAAUAACUUGUGGAGAAUUGAUUAGCUAUCU